AUGCGCUUGAGCUACGUGCUGCUUGUGGCAACUGCCACUUUCCUUGCGACCCAAGAUGCUGCCUUGGCUGCUCGCUACGCUACAGUGUCAAGCUCGACAACCAACGCCGUGAAGGAGGUGCACAGCACACGCCGAAGGCACUUAAAGAGCUACAGCAUGAACGAUUUGGAGAGCGGGGUCGAUGGCGAAGAAGCGCGGUUCAAGAUUCCAAUCAAGGCGUCCGAGAUCAAGGAGUUUACUGUGCGUGUGCAAGCAAACCAAUUGCGAGCUCAAGCCGAGCGCUUGCGCAACACGUUGAAUGUCGACGCGGUCUUGCGGAAUGCGCUCACUCGUGAUCAAGAGGUUCGACGUGUCGCCGACUACUUUACAAGUCGUGGGGGCGUCCUCGGCGGCUGGCUUCAUAAGCAUACGCUCGACAGCCUGGCCGGUUCAACAAUGGCUCACAAGAAGAGAGUGUUCACAGAAUGGAUCGAGAAUGGGAAAAGCUUGAAAGAUCUCACCGACUUGCUGAAAGCUGACGAAUCCGUUAUGAAGCAGUACACAGUUGUGGUCACGCAUUUCAAACAUUUCCUGGAGCAUCGGCCUAGGAUGUAA